AACAAACGCUCGGAGUAACACAUUUCUCGAAUAUCGCACCUUCCUGAGGGUGUUCAACGCAACCAAUCAAGAGGUGCUCAAAGUCGAAGCAACCAAUCAACACCGUCGUCUUUUUUCUUUAUUCUUCUUUGGUUUCCCUUUCUUCGCCCGCGCACAGGAGCGAUAGGUUUUGGAUCUCCGAGGGAAAUGGAAGCUGCAAGAUCAGCGAAAACAUUGAUCAAAGUUGCAGGAAUCUGUGGUUCUCUGCGCGAAGGCUCUUUCAAUCGCGCCCUUCUUCGUGCCGCGGUUCAGAUAUGCCAGGCGGCAGCGGCGGGGGGCGAGGAGUCCUCCUUAAAGGGCAUGGAAGUUGAGAUUAUAGACAUUGCUCCCUUGCCGAUGCUGAAUACGGAUCUCGAGGUCAAUGGAACCUAUCCUCCCGCUGUUGAGGCUUUCCGCCAGAAGAUUCGUGACGCCGAUGCUUUCCUUUUCGCUUCUCCCGAGUACAAUUACUCGGUCACUGCACCUUUGAAAAAUGCUAUUGACUGGGCAUCUAGACCGCCAAAUCUUUUUGCUGGGAAGACUGCUGCUAUUGUAAGUGCUGGUGGUGGAUUUGGGGGAGGACGAUCACAGUACCAUCUUCGUCAAAUUGGAGUUUUCGUUGAUCUUUAUUUCAUUAACAAGCCCGAGUUUUUCCUAAAGCCCUUUGAACGUCCUCCAAAGUUUGACAAUGAUGGUAACUUGACUGAUGAGGUGGCCAAGGGCUUAUUGAAGUCAGUUCUAGUAUCCUUGCGGGCCCUAACUUUGCGACUCCAUGGUGAGCGUUAGGAACGUUAGAGACUGGCAUUUUAAAUGGAUGAGAAUCCUGAACUGCGAGAAGUCUUGAAAUGAAUUCUCCUACUCUAUCUAAAUUCGAAUAAGUUAUAGCUAUGACAUCAUGAUCUGGAAUUGGAUGUUACAAGGAGCUGGCUAUCAUUGUUUGUCUUCUAUUCAAUGGAUAUGUUAGCAGUGUUCUUAUAAUUCGAAUUUCAAGUGCAGACCAACUGCAUUUCACUUCAACAACAUUUCUCUAGAACUCAUUUGAUUUGACAAGUUUAACUUUGAUUUUUUAUUACCUGAAGCAAUUCUCAUCCUUUAUCCAGAUUAGAAUCAGGGUAGAUAGGAAUUGAGUGCCCCUCACUUGAAUCUAUUACUUAUCCAUUUCUGAUGAAAUUUGAGGAUUGUUCCCUGACUUA